ACUUGUUUGAUGGUUCACUAACAGCCCUAUGGGGGACAACUUAUUGUCUCAAUAUUUGGGUGAAAUGAUGGUGAAAGCAACACUCCCCCAAUGUAGUCAGCCAGUCCAUCAUGUGACUGAUACCGACCUCAAGGCUCUUGACCUUCUCUCACUUCAUCUACUCGACAACCACAAUGACAACCCAUCUCAUCCAAUCCCUCCUCUUGCAUGAUGCGAGCCAUCUCAAAUAUUGAUUCUCAUCUUCUCUUGACCACAUAUAGCACAUAAUACAGCGAUGGAUUCUACUCAUUCAUCUUCGCUCUCCCAAGACAAUCAGUCCAAUCUCACGGAAAGUCAGCACAGCUCCGCUACAAGUGUGUCGACUCAACCGAAAAUCAAGGUCUCAGCAUGGUUCAGCGUGUUCGUUGGUAACCCCGACCCUACAGCUCCUCGGUUCAAACAUGCUUGGUUCGAUGCUAGAAUCCCCAAGGAGAUAUUUGCUUUCCAACGUGCUAACAUUGUCGUCGGCAACGACUCUGUCGAAAACAUCAGCUUUGUAGGCACCGAUCGGGAGAGACAGGACAUUCGUGAAAAAAUCUCUAUAUUUCGCGCGAUCAUAUCGCUCUCGCUGACCUUUACUGAUGAGAUGUUCAACUGCGUUCAUGGGGGUUGUAUUGUCUGCAACUCAGCCCCGGUCGAAUCCCUCGUCCAUCGCCCUUUGUGCGUCACUGAAACUGGCUACCACCAGUUAGUGGAUUUCCAAGAGACUUACAAGCUUAUGUCGACGAUUGCCUCUCACGCGGAAUCUAUAAUGCAGACAGAUCAGAUGGACUGGAGCAUCGGCAGCUUUAUGGAUGGCCGGCCUUAUGUUUGCUCCCUUGCGAUGCCUGUGUGCACGACUACCGGCGAGUGCUUUCGAAUCGCGACCGAGAGAGCCCAGGGCUAUAUCGAGGGAAUAAUUGAUGGAGACAUCCUACCGCGGCCUCUCAACACAGCAAAGAAUGGCCAGAUCACUGAAGAGGCAAAGUGUGGAACACAUGAAUCCACUACUCAUUCGAACGAUAAUGACAUCGCCAAGCAUGACAUUGAUCUCGCAGCUAAAUCAUCUGACUUAUCUCUCCCCGACAGUCCUCUCAAAGAGAGAUUUUACAAUAUUGGGAAGACGAUAUUUGUGGGAAGACCAAGUCUCCAGGUACAGCACACGCCUCCCAGCGGAGAGCUUAGUUGCUUAGUACUGUCCGCGACUUUCCCUCGGUCGGCAAUGCCGGACAGAUCGAAGAAUCAAGCAGAUGCCGCAAUUGAUUACUGUCGGGUUUCCGGAUAUUACGAGCAAGAUAUUCUUCAUCAUCUUGUCCUUCGUUGCGCGGUAUGUCCCAAGCCAGUAGCUGCUAGUACUAUGGUGCACUUCCCGAUUGCAUUCCCUCGGACCCAUAGAGGCUGUCUUGAAGAUGGCCCAGUGCGCAAACUAAUCAUGAAACUUUGCCGAUUUGUCAACGGCACAUGGAAUUACCCAGAAACGAAUGCCGCCUUAGGCUUUGGUAGUGAUGCUCAUAUCUUCGAACUGGUGGUCCCAAUCUGCGAAAUGAAAAGUAUCUGUGAGAAGGUUGCAAGGAUCUCUGCCCGAGAGUUUCUGAGAUUGCUGACACCGUCUGGAAACCCUCUCCCGUUUCCGGGAUUAGACCCUGAUACCAAUCUCACCGCCGUCCAUGCUAUGUUUCGAAGCUUCUCCGAAGAAGAGCCAGAGCCCGCCGAGUGCCUGGUAGAGAAGAUUGCACCUGAAUGUCUCAUACCUGAAGACGAAAGCGAACAUAAAGACAACCCGAACAAUAGGACCUUGAGUGUAGGUAGCCUGAGGCUUUGGUUCGAAAAUUGUCACAUGAAUCAAGAAGUCAUGCGUGAAUCCUUUGGUGAAAAAGUGCAAAAGGAAGAGGAUCAAGUGCAGGUCGAAGUUGAGAAAUUUGAGACCGAUGCCUCUGUUGUUUGGGUCUUUCUUUGACCUGGUGGAUUCCUCGCACCCAUCUGAUGAGAAUGAGGAGGACCCGGAGGCAAACGUCGAUCCAGUUAUUGAGGAUUAUCGAACCCAGGAGAUGUUUCAACCCUUAUUGACUUGGGACUUCUGGUUGCUGUAUGAGGCCAUUACCAGUCAGAGUACUGUUGAUGGCACUUACCUUUCGGAAGAGGAUCUAUAUGAAUAUGAGAUAGAGAGAGUUAACGAGGAUUGCAACGAUGAUAGGGGAGGUAGAUAUGCCGGCUAGGCUUCGACAGUGGUUACGAUGGUUGCCACGACGCUGAUGAUGGGGCUGGUAAUGAUGCUGGUCGUGGCGCUGCCAACAACGCUGCCCAUUAUGACGCUGCCUUUAAUGCUGCCUUCAAUUAUGCCUAUAGCACUGCCUAUAACGCUGCUUUGACUGCUGCUCAAGAGGCUGCUUAUAAUAUUGCUAACAACGCUGCCUUGAACAGUGGCCACGACAAUAUCUCUGAAGGAGGUUCCGACGAGGCCUGUAACAACGAUUAUGACGUUGGGUACGAAGAGGGGGAAGAUACUGGAUAUAAUGAGGGUACGAAGAUGGACACAAGGACGCAAGGAAAGAUAUAAGAUAGAGGAUGACGAAGGGGGCAAUGAAGGGGGCGCCGAUACUGGAGAGGACUACGAAGAGGAUGACAGUGCAUAUGAGAAAGCGUACGAUGAGGGGUACGGAAAAGGUUAUGACAAGGGCUAUGACAAAGGCCAUGAGGACGGUGUCUCGU